UUGAUGAACCAUAGAUGACUCAUUCAAAUAAAAGUUAGAAGGCUCAUCAUCCCUUUAAAUAUAUCUGCACUUGGACAAGGCUUGAUCAAUCCCCAAAACCAUUGCAUCAAUCUUUGAGACUAGAGAGGGCUUCAGACCACUUGUUGCAGACGAGCCACAAAAGGCAAUUGCAGAUAGUAGUGAAGUAUGAAGAACCAACUUCCAGGAUGCCAAUCAACUGCCAAUGCAAUGAUCCCUCUCCUUCAAAUGGCGCUCAGAUGUUAACUCAAAAUAAAAUUGAUUCAAUGAAUCAUAGGAUGAACAAACAUUGGAAAAAGACAGAAAAUUUUGUGCAUGGAAUCCGAGAGCAUGUGAGAAUAGGUUCUAAGAUCUCUGAAACUGUGAAGGGCAAGUUGAGAUUGGGGACUAGGAUUCUUCAACUUAGAGGGGUGAAGAAAGUUUUCAGACAAAUUUUUGGUGUUGGAAAAGGAGAGAAGCUGUUGAAGGCUUCUCAAUGUUAUUUAUCAACAACAGCAGGCCCUAUAGCAGGCCUCCUCUUUAUCUCAACUCAAAGGCUUGCAUUUUUCAGUGAAAGAUCAAUCAGAUUUUCUUCCCCAAAUGGUGAAUUGGUUAGAUUUCAUUACAUGGUAGAUGACUCCCAUAACUCUCUCUUUUCCUCUCCUUCUCCAUGCUUCUCAAUAUCUAAGUAAAACUUGUCUUGUGCAGGUCUCUGUUCCAUGAAGAAAGAUAGAGAAAGCGAACCAAAGUGAGAAUGUGAAAAGGCCAUCACAGAAGUACAUGGACAUAGUCACCACCGAUAAUUUUUAUUUCUGGUUCAUGGGGUUCUUGAGUUAUGAGAAAACUUUUAGUUAUCUUCAACAGGCAAUCUCUCAAGCUCAAAUGAGUUAGAACUCAAAAACAGUGACUGAAACAUAAAUGUUUCUUCAUUUCUGCUUCAUCAUGUGUACCGAGAACAGUCAAAAAACUUUGUACAAAUUUUUUUUAUUGAGAAAUUGAUCUCCAAUUCUUCUA